AGACACAGUCAUUCCUGUUUCUGUUUACCAGCAUGUGUCUGGUGAUUUCCUAAGAGAAGAUACAAUCCUCUGUGCCUUCCCCUCGGUGUGAGCAAGACGUACGUAGUCACAGCUCUGUGAAGCUCCUGCACAUGCAGUGUCUGCAGUCACAGUAAUGGUUUAGCCAGGCCAUGGAAGUGUUGGAGGGCUGAAAAGGAAAGCUGAAAGGACGGGGCAAGGACAUCCAGUCAGAACCGACAUGAAGAACAAACUGUGGCUCCAGAGUAUUUCCUUCUUUCUUUUAUUGCAGUACACUACAUGUCAUGAAAACCUCACUUGUUUUGUGGACUAUGUAGAGACCCUGUCCUGUAUCCUGAGAAACGACUUUGGUGCCAGUUCAUACAACCUCACUGCAACAUGGGUUCCUGACCAAGAAUCAGAAAAUACUGCGGCUGCCUGCCAUCUCCUGCAAUUCUCCAGGAACACCAGUCACACGCAGUACAUGUGCACAGUGGACAUGACACUUCUCCUGGCAGAUCUCAAAGUCCAGGUGGACGUUACAGAGAUAACUGAAAGGAAGCACGUGAUUUCCAAAGACUUUUAUAUGGCAGAGAACGUCAAACCACAGCCUCCGUUCAAUCUGACCGCUGUGUUGUCAGAGGGUUACAAUAUUUCUUGGGAAACCAUCUACCAGAACCCUGCUUUCUACUUUUUGAAUGAGGAGCUGGAAUAUCAGCUGCGUUAUAAGAGAAGGACUGACACCUGGGAGACUGAGAAGACUAAAGCUGUCCAUGAAGAUAAACGGACACUGGUAAUCCUGCCAUGGGAACUCCAGGCGAACACUGAUUAUGAGUUCCAAGUGAGAGCCAGACCCCGAGAAGACACUGGCUACCGUGGAUUUUGGAGUGAAUGGAGUUCUCCGCUGACGUUGAAAACCAGCCCUGCCGCAGUGACGCAGACAGCAGGCAUGGGAUGGCUGCUACUGUGUGGUGCUGUCGUGGCAAUUGCUGCCUCAAUCACAACCUUUCUGGCGAAACAGCGGAGCUUGUGGAAGAAGGUGGCUUGCAUCCCAGACCCCGCUCCCUUUUUCAAACCUCUUUACCUGGUGCAUAAUGGAGAUUUCAAGAAGUGGGUUGGUGCAUCCCAUACGAAAAUUACCUUCGAUUUCUUUGAAUGGGGAAUAGUCCUUCCAGAAGUCCUAGAAGUUUACGCCAAGCGUCCUUCCAACAGCACUUCACAGGAGGAGUUGCGUGAGCUGAGAAAAGAUGUGCCUUGCAAGCCCUGUGUGUCUUGCCUGACUGCCCCAGGUCAGGACAGCCAGUCCCUGCUGUCUAGUGUGAACAGUAGCAGUGGGACUCGGGACCAGUCAUACGGGCAUUUGUCCAUUGAUACCGUGACUGUGGCUGAUGAAUUUACACCUUGUAACUGCCAGUGCAACUGUAACCGUGUGUACAGGGGACACGAGCAUACCAGCAAGGAAGACAGUAGUGCUGGAGAAACUGGUUACCCCAAGGUUAACGUUGAUGAUGAAGACAGAAAGAUAUCUAGUGACUUGCAUCUGGCUGACCUAAGCACACAAGACAAAAUACUUGCUUCAGGCUCCGUGUCCACAGACCAUCUGAGGAGUACAAGUGUCCUAGCCCACCAGCAAGUAGAAAGGACUUUGGAAGGAGGGAUGGGGAGCAUCCUAGAAGCCCUUUGCUUGCAGCCUAAUCAGUGGGAUUUGGGAAAUCUGGGUUCUCUACCUUCUCCUGACGGUGAAAGUGUUUCCUACAGUGAAGGCUCUUGUGACUUCUUCCCUCACAUUGCAAGGCCUGGUGACAGUUACCCUAUGAUCUGUGUAGAUUUGGACACUAUUGACAGUGGCUUUGUGGACUCGGACUGUGGGAGUCCAGUUGACUGUGAAUUUGAGCAAAACAGUCAGACCAACUGCGGGUCUGAGGGGGAGGACUUUCCACGGAGCUACGUCAAGCAGUGGGUCUCCUGUCACUCUGACAGCCCUGUCAACGGGACACAGACCAACUAAGGACUUGAUGCUGCCUUGCAGAGGGCAGGGCCCUUUCCGUACUGUGCCAGGAGCAAAGUGUUAGCAAAAUUCAGAAAAGAAACAAAGUUUACUUUGUGUAAGCUCUAUUGCACAUAUGGACUGCUAGGUCUGUAGAAAUAUAUGUCUAUUUCUAUUGCCACUUAUCCUGUUAAUGUCUGAAACUUGACAUGAUUUGAUUUUUUUCCUUUAGAAUCCUAGGUGAAACCGCCUUACAAUGGCAGAAAAAGCAACCGUACCUUGAAAAUUACCCUUUAGCUUAUGUAGAUGUGCAAAUUUUUUUUCACAGUAACCUUAUAAAGACUACAAAACUUUAAAUUAUUUUCCCUGGUAUCCUCACAUGAUUUGAGAGUUUGUAUGUAUGCGGAAUCUUAGAAGCAUAG